UUCCCGCGUCGCUUGCAGCCAAUCGGCCUCUGUUGCUCCACCCCUUCCGCUCUAGGGAAAAGCCAGCUGCCCAAGCGUUUUCCGGCAGGAGCUGUGCCGCUCCUUACCAUGGGGACAAUUCAUCUCUUUCGAAAAUCACAAAGAUCUUUUGUUGGCAAGUUAUUACAGGAAUUUAGACUUGUUGCAGCUGACCGAAGGUCCUGGAAGAUACUGCUCUUUGGUGCAAUAAACUUAACAUGUACUGGCUUCCUGCUUAUGUGGUGCAGUUCCACUAACAGUAUAGCUUUAACUGCCUAUACUUACCUGACCAUUUUUGAUCUAUUUAGUUUAAUGACGUGUUUAAUAAGUUACUGGGUAAUGAUGAGGAAACCUAGCCCUGUCUAUUCAUUUGGAUUUGAAAGAUUAGAAGUCCUGGCUGUCUUUGCCUCUACAGUCUUGGCACAGUUGGGAGCUCUCUUUAUAUUAAAAGAAAGUGCAGAACGCUUUUUGGAGCAGCCCGAGAUACACACGGGAAGAUUGUUAGUCGGUACUUUUGUGGCUCUUUCUUUCAACCUGUUCACGAUGCUCUCUAUUCGGAAUAAACCUUUUGCUUAUGUCUCUGAAGCUGCUAGUACGAGUUGGCUUCAGGAGCAUGUCGCGGACCUGAGUCGCAGCGUGUGUGGAAUUAUCCCAGGGCUGAGCAGUAUCUUCCUUCCCCGAAUGAAUCCGUUUGUCUUGAUUGACCUUGCCGGAGCGUUUGCUCUUUGUAUUACAUAUAUGCUAAUUGAAAUUAAUAAUUACUUUGCUGUAGACACUGCCUCUGCCAUCGCCAUUGCCCUGAUGACGUUUGGCACGAUGUACCCCAUGAGUGUGUACAGCGGGAAGGUGCUACUUCAGACAACACCGCCUCAUGUUAUAGGUCAGUUGGACAAACUUAUCAGAGAGGUGUCGACCUUGGAUGGAGUUUUGGAAGUCCGAAACGAGCAUUUUUGGACCCUAGGUUUUGGCUCAUUGGCGGGAUCAGUGCACGUGAGAAUUCGACGGGAUGCAAACGAACAGAUGGUUCUUGCUCAUGUGACCAACAGGCUGUACACUCUAGUGUCUACUCUGACUGUUCAGAUUUUCAAGGAUGACUGGACAAGGCCUGCCGUGCUGUCCGGGCCUGUGGCAGCGAAUGUCCUGCAUUUUUCAGAUCAUCACGUAAUCCCAAUGCCUCCUUUAAAGGGCCCUGAUGAGUCGAACCCUGUCACAUCGACUCCAACUAAACCUAGUAGUCCGCCUCCAGAAUUUUCAUUUAACACCCCUGGGAAAAAUGUGAGCCCAGUUAUUCUUCUAAACACACAAACAAGACCUUAUGGUUUGGGUCUCAAUCACGGACACGUACCUUAUAGCAGCAUGCUUAAUCAAGGACUUGGAGUUCCAGGGAUUGGAGCGACCCAAGGAUUCAGGACUGGUGUUACAAAUAUACCAAGUAGAUAUGGGACUAACAAUAGAAUUGGACAACCAAGACCAUGAUGUACUGUAAUUUAAUUUAUUAUAUGAGGGAUAUUGACUUCUUGACUUCCAGUUUAUUUAGUAAUCCAACUUUGCAUUGACUGUUCAAUCAUUUAUUGUAAAUGUAACAGAAUAGUAGUCUAGUUCAUGUUAUAUGAAACCGAUGAAAUUAUAUUUUUGUAAAUGUAUUUAGGACACUGAGAACCUUUAAAUGCUGUAGGCUUUAAAUAGGCUUUAAAGUGUAUUUCUCUAAAUUUGCGUUUUGCUAUCUUUGGUUUUGUGAUUGACUACGGAGUGAUAGGAGGUUAUCUUGGCAAGAGAGCCGCGUGAGUGGGUCCGCUGUGUUAUUAAAGAUACAGUCUUUUCCAUGACAUGUAUAAACCUGCUUCUUGAAUAAUGACACACAUUCUAGGAAAGAAAAAACAUGGCCAUGCUAAAAGUAAAAGUCUCUUUUUUUAUAGCUUUUCCAAACUUAACCUCUACAUUUUCCUUUGAGGUCCUGAAUCAUGUCAAGCAAAAAAUUUUAUCAGAAAAUUUGGAACAUAUUCUACUACCUGGUUUUGUUCUGUACACCUGUGAAUAGUCUGUGGUUCUUCGAGUUGCAUAAUCAGUUUUAGUUUAUGUUAAAUAAUUUUACCAAAAGAUAAUGGAUGUUAGGUUGUAGAAUACAAUAUUUUCAGAUCUGCUACAGGCAGUUUCUGUUUACUGUUUUGCUUUGUCAAACAUAGUGAAUUGUUAACUGUGAUGAGUGUGAGAAUUAUGUAGAUAAUCUUAUUUUUUUUAUUAUUUCCCAAGUGCACAUGUUAAACUUUCUAACAUGGCCAGUAUUUCUAAUUAAAAAUAUACCAAGUGGCAGUCACAAAGUACCUAUGAUUUUUUUCAUUAUAUCAUGAGUUUUAUGAUUAGAGUUUUUAAAAGAGAUUUUAAGAGUGAAUUCAACUUUUCUGGAAUCCAGUGACCCUGGAGAUCUGUGACUUUUCCAGCCAUCAACCAGCUGUCUAGAGAUUUUUGUUUUUGUAGAAUUUGCAACAGUUUCUUCAAUCAACUCAUCCUUUUCCAUAUAAGCAACACUUCGAAAUCCUUUUUCUGCACGGUAGAAUAACAGACAUCUCAGAAGCCAUCUCCGUCAAACAGAACUGCGGUUACCCUGUAGUAAUAAAUGACUGUGUCUCUAUUAACGUUUGCUUGGUGAGGAGCUGCUCACUGUCUUGACAUCUGCGACCCUGAUCAGGCAUUGGACCUACCGAAGAAAUAGAGGACACAUGACCUUGACCGCCGGGGAACAUGAAGCUUUGUAAAAUGUAAUAGGGCAAACUGUUUUUGUCCUUUGUCUCAUGUCUUCCAACUAUUGCUAUACCUAUUAUUGACCUACGAUUACAGGGUGAUUUUUCCUCCAUUGACCUCAUCUAAAUGGGAAUUCGGGUCGUGCGUGAAAUCCGAACUGUCGAGUACUGAGUGAUGAUUAAGAGGUGUGUGCUGUCACCCUGUGCACACCUCCACCCCCAUGGGACUUUUAAAGUGUCCAGGUGCGGGACACAAUUCUGCCUGAGGUUAAAUGCCUGCUUCCUCGGCCCCCAUUCAGAAGCAGCACCUGUGCAGCUGUCCCACCAAAGGUGCUUUCGUGCCCACAUACACUAUUUGCCAAGUUGCCUGUGGGUUCUGAAGGAGCUGGCUCUAUUUGCUGCGGUUCAGUAACGCCAACUGCGGCAGGCGCCUUGGGUCCAUCGUUUGCCUGGCUCUGGCCGCCUUUCUGGAUAUAAACACGAGACACUUGGCCAGCAUGUAGGCCUUAGGCAGUAGCCUUACUGGUAAGUCUUGCUCUAGAGUUACUUGAAGCUAGGUUUUUAGAAAAGGAAGUUCAAAUUAAAUACUUGGCCUACGGUUUGGGACUAAGAGUAGGCAUCAUGGAGUGUGAUUAACCUAGCUUGAGACAUCACUGUUUGUGAAGGGAAGAAACACGAGCCUGACUGGAAGGCAAGAACCGGAUUCUAAUCCUGACACGGCAUCUGUGUGAGUAGCCUUGUAACCAUGGGCUAGUUGUUCAACUCCCCUGAGCUUUCCCAUCUGUAAAGUUAGGGUGGGAAAGGAGUUAGCUGAUCUGUGGCUAUCAGCUCUAAAACUUCAUGACUAAAUCUGCGGAAUAUGUGCCCCCUUGCCAAACAGAAGAGCGUUCCAGUGACUACCUCAGCGUGGAAGCCAAGUGUUUCCUGCACCGACACCCGUGCCGUUAAUUUGAGGUGCCGUGAGACCAGAAGGUGAACUGCAGGCUGACACCACUGAGGGUCUGGUUUAUUUCAGACUUGCCUCAAAUCAACCUUCAAAUCUGUUUAAACAGGUUUUUUCUUAGACGUCUUUCUUUGUGGGAAAGGAUUAUUUUUGUGGCGUGUUGGAGGUAAGAUUAGGACGGGGCACCCUUUCAUUGGGUAUGAAAGAAUGGGGUCCAUUUAUACUUCUUCCUUAAUCUCUGAAGUCACAGUGGAAACCACGCACACGUACCAGCAACCGCGGAGGACUGGAACUUCAAGCCUCCGACUCGGCUGCUCAAAAACUGCCAAUUUUUGUGCUUGACUAAAGAAUGCCGAUAUUCUCUGGGAGUCCGAUCUGCUUCUUAUAUACGAAAAUGCUUUUCCACAUUCCAAAAUGUUUGAAUGAAACUUUUUGAAUAAAAA